AGAUUAUUUGUCAAUUUCUGGUUUUUAUUAUUCAUCCACUCGAUAAUCGAUUCAUUGAACAUUGCGAAAUCGAUUUCAAGUUUAGUUUCCUCCUAUUGAUUCAUAGUGGAGAAAAUCGUUGGUUAGAUCAUUGAUUUCAUCAAUGGAUCAUUUGGAUCGUCGUCUCGAAUCAUAAACUCUUCCGUCAUCUUCUCUGAUCAUAAAUAAGCUUAGAUACCUGAUAUCGUCUCUGUUUUUUGAGCGUCCGUUAGGGUACUAACGUGUUUAUAAGAUCUUUCUUCUUCUUUUUUUUUUUCAGGAAAAGAUGGUAGAGAUCUAUUCUGUUUGUGGAAAGUGGAAAUUGAAUGACAAGUUUCAAUGGGAAUUUCUGGUAGAUUCAAACAAAGGAGGAUCACUUUCUGAGGUAGACGAGAACGUUACAUACAUAGAUUUAGUCGAGACGAUUAUCGAAGAUUUUGGACUUGGUUGCUUGGUUAAAGAUAGAGAUAUUACACUCAGCUAUGAACUUCCACCAAGGAUGAAAACAAUGGUCAAAGAUUCUCCACCGGUGUAUAUACGUAAUGAUCGCCAAGUAAGAACUUUCAUUAGUAAGAUCAAAGGAAACGGUGAACUGAUUCGUUUAUGUGUAACGGUGAAUGACAAAAACAACACGAUUGUAGUUGAGAAUGUUGGCAACAACACUCAAUCCAAGACCAUACACAAUGAAGAGAACGCUGAUGUAGACAAAACUGGGUGCAUACCUGUGUUGGAAAAUUUAGAUGGUGGUUUGUAUGUAAAUGAAUCUAACGUGCAUGAGGAACAACAGGAACUUUAUAGAGCAACUAGAAGUGACAUGUCAGUUCAUGUCACACACAACGACACUUGUUCUACUACUGGAAGUGAAAACCAUCCCCUUCUUUUGCACUCUGCUCCAUAUUCUUCUCCGGUUUCUUUAGGAUGUUCACAGUCGCCCGGAGCAACUAAUGAUUUACAUGUGAACAAAUACUUCAAAGACAAGCAAGACUUGAUGCUCACGAUGAGAAAAUUGGCUCUCGAGUCGAAGUUUCAGUUCAAAUCUCGUCGGUCAAAUAAAUCCAGAGUGGUAUUAGGGUGUGUGGAUGAUAAAUGCUGUUGGAGGAUGCGUGCAACUAAGCAUGCUUCUUCUGACUUCUUUGUGGUGAAGAACUAUGUUCAUGAGCAUACUUGUGACCCAACACAUAGAAAUGCAAGCAAUAGACAGGCAAGUGCGAAACUUCUUGGAUCUUUAAUCUGCAGCAAGUAUGGAGAAAAUAAGGAUGGACUUAAACCCAAACAGAUUAUGGAGCAAGUUAGAAAGGAACAUGGUUUACAAAUCAAGUACAAACAAGCUUGGAGAGUAAAAGAGUAUGCUCAGAAUUUGAUGAGGGGAAUUCCAGAUUCUGUAACUGAAACUUCAUCUACACCUCCAACUACUGGACAAAGUAGUGAGAGACCGUCGAAAAAGAGGAUGCGAUCAGUUAUAGAUUUUGGUACACCAAAUUCAGAAUCUCGUAAAUACAAUUGCAGCAAAUGUGGCGAAGAAGGACACAACAAAAGUACAUGCAAAGUCCCAAAAUGAUGAACUUUUAAGAGAAUGUGGCAGAGAAGAAUACCGCAAACAUGCUCUACACAAUUUAACUAUGAUGAAAGCUUAAAAAGGUUUAACAUGACUUUUAGUUUCUCUGUUGUUACCGAGUCCAGUUGGUUAACUGUUAUCUUGAACACUCUGAAGUAGCAGAUGAUUGAACAAUUACAAAUUAGUAAAAAAGGUUUGUUCAUGGAGAACCUCAAAAAGAAACAAGCUGGGUCGUUCUUGCCAAACAUAAAAUGAGACUUCUUAUUUUUUGUCUUAACC